AUGGCUUUUACUUUCACAUCAGCAGGCAUGGCUGGAUUUCUCGGGACUGGAACCAGUGUUGCUAGUGGUACUGACACGGCACAGUGUGGAUUUUGGGGCUGCAAGAAAGCGCCAGAAACCUCGUCAUCUCGGCUACGAGUUCGGGAUGUUCUAGCAACAGAGCAGACGACGGACUCUGCCAACACGGUACCCAUCGGUGCCAUCGCAGUGCUCGGCUUCUUCGUUGGAAUUUCGAUCAUCCUCAUCAUCGCCAAGGUGAUCAAGGGACGCCGCGAUCCCAAGAGAAAGAAGGCCAUGGUCGCUGAUCAGCAGUGGCUCAGCGAUACGGGGAAAGAUGAUCUCUCGCCGGAUCAUCGUGCGAGACACGAGGCUGGGUAUUUUGGUGGGGAAGGAUGCAGUCACUGCUGA